CCGUCAGAAGCCACCUUACCUCGACGAAAGGCAGACGCACACUCCUGCGGGAAGGUCACCUAACUGCGUCAACAUGAAGCUGUUCAGUGCAGUCGCACUCAUCGCCCUGGGCGUUCCAGCCUGCCUGGGUGCCGGCGUUAAGAGCGUUGUCACUGGUGGCGCUGCUCUUCCCGGCACUGUGGCUGCUUUAGGGUCUCUGGCCUCCGCGCCUGCUGUCACUGAGCUCGCCAAUGCUGCUGCUGCCGCCGCAUCUUCCGCCCCUGGUGUGGUCGGUUCUGUUGUCUCUGCUGGCGGCGUUGCUCCCGGUUCCGUCAGCGGAGUCAGCCAUGGCGUCGCUGGAAGCUUUCCCGGCCACUACGGUGGUGCUUUGGGCGGUUACUAUGGCUCUUACCCUGGCUUCUUUGGUGGAGUCAACGGCGGCUACUACGGAAGCUACCCUGGCUACUUCGGUGGCGCUCUGAGCGGCCACUAUGGAUCCUACCCUGGUAGCUUCGGUGGCUCUCUGGGUGGAUUCUACGGAUCCUACCCCGGCAGCUUCGGUAGUUCUCUGGGUGGAUUCUACGGAUCCUACCCGGGCAGCUUCGGCAGUUCUCUCGGUGGAUUCUACGGAUCCUACCCCGGUAGCUUCGGUAGUUCUCUUGGUCGAUUCUACGGCUCAUAUCCCGGUAGCUUUGGAAGUUCUCUCGGUGGAUUCUACGGAUCCUACCCCGGUAGCUUCGGUAGUUCUCUCGGUGGCUUCUACGGAUCCUACCCAGGUAGCUUCGGAGGUUUGGGCGGCAUCUUUGGCAGAGGAGCUUACCCCGGUUUCUACGGUGCUACCACACCGAGCCUUUUGGGCCCUGGAUCCCACGGCGUCUUCGGACGAUUCCCGCCGCCACCCACCGUUGGCGCUGUUGAGCGCCGGGGAGGCCUGAGCCCGUACCCUCUGGACGUCCGCACUACCACUGACCCCGUAACUGGCCACCCCGUGGUUAACGCUGUCUACGGUGGCGUCGUUCGGGAACGCGUCGUGCCUGUACCUGUUCCAGUUCCAGUGGACGUCCCGUACCCAGUCCCAUACCCAGUCCCGCAGCCAUACCCGGUUCAACGGCCAUCCCCACGCCCAUACCCGGUGCCUGUUGCCCAGCCCGUGCCAGUUCACACUAACACCGAGGUGCACAAGACCGACGUCGUUGCUGCCACACCAGGAGGCCCAGUUCUCCUUGACUCAGCCGUCACCGACAUCCGACGAGGCCGCCCAACCACCACUGUGGCCUAGGCUCUUCCCGAAAGGCAGUUAUGUCAACAGUAUUUAGCGGAUAAGCACGACGUAAAUUAUGUAUGACGAAUAAACAAAAUUCUGUCUGGCAA